CUUGGAAAUGUUGCGUAGGCUUAUCGAAAGCGCUCGGGGCUGGUCAUAGCUAACCCCACCUUUGGACCGCCCGUAUCACCGAAUCGGUGUCCAUCCUUAUUUCAUCUCGGGAGGGUGGUCCCGCGGUUGUCGCCGUUUCGCCUUGAUCAAGUGAUUGACACUUCUUAUCUCGACCGACCACGACUUCAUACGCGACGAGGUUAUAAGCAAGACCGCAUACCCAAUUGAUCUCCAACAUUCUCGAACCCUUCCAACUAUUUGGUCAUGGCUGCCGAGAAACAACUCAACAACGAAGACCUCGAGCUCACCAACUCUGGUGACCGCUCCCCCGAGGCAGUAUCCUCAAGCGACAUCUACAUCGACCCCGUCGCCGAAAAGAAACUCUUGUUCAAACUCGAUCUCGUUCUCACCCCCCUCAUCGGCCUCCUCUACCUCGUUUCCUUCCUCGACAGAUCCAACAUCGGAAAUGCCAAAAUCCAAGGCAUGCCCGAAGACCUUGGUCUCGUGGGUUCGCAAUUCAACGUCGCUACAUCGAUUUUCUACAUCACAUACUGUCUCUUCGAGACACCGAUGGCAUUGUUGCUCAAGAUUAUUCGUCCCUCGCGGAUGAUCCCGUGUGCGGUGAUUGCGUGGUCGCUGUGUACCAUCUUCACCUGUUUCGUGCACAACUACGCUGGUCUCGUCGCGGUGCGUCUCAUUAUGGGUGCAUGCGAAGCUGGUCUUUUCCCUUCGCUUAACUUGUACCUCACCAUGGUCUACAAGCGUGAAGAGCAGUCGAAGCGUCUCUCGUACCUCUUUACCGCCGCCGCCGUGUCUGGUGCUUUCGGUGGGUUGAUCGCGUAUGGUAUUUCGCAUAUGGAUGGCGUUGGUGGGUAUGCGGGAUGGAGGUGGCUUUAUAUCAUCGAGGGUGCUUUCUCUAUCCUCGUCGCUGUCCUCGUGUACUUCACACUCCCCGACGACCCCAAGCUCGCGUGGUUCUUAAACGAGGACGAGAGGGCUUUGGUCAGGGCCCGUCAAGAAAUCACCGCUCGCUACCGUGGAUCGGAGGAAUUCGACUGGGCCGAGACUCGUAAGGCCGCUCGUGACCCUAAAGUCUGGCUUUCGGCUGUUAUCCAGUUCUGCGCCGAUAUCUCCCUGUACGGCUUCUCUACCUUCUUGCCCGCAAUUAUCCGCGCAAUGGGUUACUCCUCCGUUCACGCACAGCUCUUGACCGUCCCCGUCUACCUCUUCGGCUCCUUCACUUUCAUCGUCGUCGCCAUCAUCGCCGAUCGCACCAAGAAGCGUUUCGGGAUUUUGCUGGUGAUGUCCAUCAUCAUGAUCAUCGGCUACAUCCUCUUCCUCACCGUCACCAAAGCCGGCGUACUCUACUUCGCAACCUUCCUCAUCGCAGCCGGAGUCUACAUUGGUCCCGGUCUCAACCUGGGCUGGCUCAACAUCAACGUUGCCGGACACUACAAACGUGCCACUGCGGUCGGAAUUCAACAAUCGCUCGGUAAUCUUGGUGGUGUCGUCGCUGGACAGAUUUACUACCAGAGUCCGAGGUAUUGGGUGGGGUAUGGAACGAGUGUGGGUGCGAUGGGUGUAGCUGUCGUUGGGUAUGUGUUUAUGUACAUUCAUUUGAAGAGGUUGAAUGCGGAGAGGGAUAGGGUUGAGCAGACGCCUGGGGCUGAUGCGAGUAAUUUUGCUGGGAAGACUGGGGAUGAGGAGUUGGAGUUCCGAUACCAGUUCUAAGCUACGAACAAAGGUGUGGGUGUGGGUUGAUGAGAAGGGAUGGCGAGUGUCAGUAUAUUACGGUGAUAUCCGGGAUCGGCCGGCGUUUAAGUGUUUAGUUUUCUCUCUGUUACUGAUUACCUUCCCUUGGAUUUUUAUGGAACGUUUUGGACGUUGGACUCGAUAGAUACCAAUGAAAUUAGUCAAUUGCC